CGGUCAAAUAUAUCCCAUCUAUUGACAACGACUAUAACUGCAAGUUUUCCAAAAAUGACAAGUGCAACUUUAGGUGGACACUUAAGGAUUGGCAAAUCGAUGAAACUUCCUGGCGAACAAGACAAUUUAUUGAUGACAACAGAUGGGAAGAUCUUCCUACCGUGCUUACCAAUGCAUCAACAGAAUUCGAACAACGAUUUCACUUGGAAAAUGCCAGCACAGUUGGUUUCUCCGUUAGAGCUCUUGGGUCUGUGGAAAUUAUUUUGUGUACUGGUUGGAGUCCUCGUAACUAUCCAUGUUAUUACUUUCACCUAGACAAACAUGAAAUUUAUCUCAAUAAAUACGACGCCAUGCCAUCAGAUAUGAACUACAGCAGUUCGUAUCUAGAAUUUUCCCAGAUAUCCACGAAUAUUAUCACUGAGGAUGAAUGGCGAAGUUUCGAAGUUGGAGUCGAUGACACUGGAAAUAUUACCUUAAUUGAUAAGAAUAACAUGGAUCGUCUAUUAAUCAGUCAUAUUGAUUCUUCGCCUAUAAAGCCGUUGUAUGCGAUACUACGAAGCAAUGAACCAAGUUUCUGGAAGGUUAUUGAAAACAAUUUUAUGUAUACAGAGACGGUUCAAAUUUCCAGACUAGGACCACAAAUCCGAAGCUCAUACGUCAAUUUGUGCAUUUCCUUAUUUGUGGCGAGUUGCAGUCAUUGCCAAAUGAGAUUUUUCUAUAUGAAUGGAACAACGAGGCAAGAACUGAAAUUUGUUCCCAGCACGAAUUACAAGUGGAUCGAAAUUAAGCUGAAACAAGAAAACUUCAAAUUUCAGCGAUUUAACAUUUUCAUUCAAACCGAGUUUUCAAGUCAAGCAGAGAAUGAAACUAAAGGUUGGUGGGGUUAUGACGAAGUUAGAAUCUGCAACGAAAAUGAGGUCAAAACAACCCUUUUACAUCUCAACCAGUCCUUUGCCGAGGAUGAUACAAGUGUUACUGACAUUUCUUGUCAGCUUAUCAAGAAGCCAAACUUUAGACCUGAAUCUCUAGAUUAUGAUGCCGUAGAAGAUCAUAUAUUUUCAGACUUUCCCCCGAUUAAAACUGCAGCAAACGAUACGUCUAUAACGCUGACUUGGGCCGAAGAGGAUCCGGAUCACUAUAUUACCUAUUUUAUAUUUUAUCAGGGAAACACGGAUUGUCCAGAUGUCAGUAACUCACCACGACUUAAAUCGAGUGGAUUUUUAAGGACAAAUCUCAACGAAGUUACUCUUUCAAAGCUAAUUCCUUCCACUUUAUAUAACAUUACUUUAUCCUCUGUCCUACAUGGCAAAGAUAAGCUGUUACGUGUCAGGACUCUAGAGACAGUCGAGCCAAUAUUAGAAGAAUUGCCCUUUAAAAUGCGCAUCGAGCCUCUCGAUACAUCAGUAAACAUUUCUUGGGAUAGCCCCAACUGUGAAUUGCAUUAUGGAAACCUGAUUUACAAUAUCAUUGUGUCCAACGAUGAACUGAAGUUUAAAAAGAUUUUGGAAUAUGAAACCUCAAAUAGCCAUCUGAUCCACGGUUUGAAAUCAUACACUAAACAUAAUUUAACAGUUGUUACCGCCAGAAAUGCGAUGAACCUGAAUAACGGUCGGCAUACUCAAACUUUGACGUAUGAAUUUUCAACUUUUCCUGGUGUUGCGCCUGCUGUGCGAAACUUGGAACUAUACGCUAUGGGAUCAAAUACAGCAUCUCUUCGCUAUGAUCUUCCCUUAGCCUCCGAAGGGAUCCCAGUUGAAGUGGAGUUAACUAAAUGCAACGUUUUGUCUCGAGCCAAGUGUAAAUCCACCAUAUCGAAGAUAACUAAUUGCACCAUUUGGCCAACGAAACUAUGCCUUGAUGUUGAUUACUUGAUGCCUAAUCAGAACUUUACUUUCAAAGUCAGCAUUAAAAACGCUAACACCAAUAGGUUUGGGAAGGCAACUGAAAUUUUAGCUGAAACUGUUGAUAGAGUACCCGCAAUGCCCGAGAAUGUAACUCACCAGGUUAUUGACUGCCACGAAAGCAAUGACUACUGCAAUUUAAACAUAAUCUGGAGGCAUCCCCAUUACCCCAAUGGUACUAUAGAAGGAUUCAAUAUAAUUUUGAAUAGUACCUACUUCGUCACGGAAUACUCUGAGGAACUUCAAACUAUUCACGAGGUUUACAAGAUUGUCGAUGGCGCGUAUCUACCAGAGUAUAACUACAAGAUUAAAUAUCUGCCAUACAGUCAGGAAUACAACCUUUAUAUACAAUCAAUGAAUAGUAAGUAUAGAAGCGACUUCGUUAUAACCACGGUGAAGAAAGAAGAGCUGGGUGAUCAUAUAGAUCAGAGUCCUAAAUUGCUUGGGAAAGGAGACAAGGCAAUAAUGUUUAAACUGCCUCACCUAGAUAAAAGACUAGACUCUUAUACCGUCACCGUAGCCGUACAAGACUUCAACGAGAGUAUUCCUGUUUAUGUGGAUUCAAUUAAAAAUGAGAAGUUGGCUGAUAACUUGUGUCACCCCUAUGGUCUGACCUGGAUCUCGCAAGUCCUAAAGGUUAAAGACAAUGAAACGAAAACAAUAUCUAUAACCGGGUUGGACGAGAAACGGUUAAUUAAACCGGAUACCAGAUAUUGUAUUAUUUUUAUUAUUACGAACAAAUAUAGAGGCCAAGAACACGACGUAGUGUAUUAUGAGAAACUUAUUACCCCACGCUCUGCAAUACCACCAACGACGCCUACAAACACGGGGUCCUUCAACCAUCUCUAUAUGUUGCCCUUCAUUUUAUUAAUAGUGCCUAUUGGAUUUUUAAUUUAUUGGUGCAUUGGAAAGAGAAAUAGAAAAAGACGUCUUCAGGCGAACCCCGAGAACGUCUACGAAUGUUUGCCGUUUGAUGAGCGAGACCAGAAUGGUGUGAAUAAUGUGACUUAUGACCAGCUAAUUCACAAAUAAUUAUCUGUACUUAAAUUGCAGCGCGCUCCUGUGAUUUAAAAAUUAAUUGUUAACUAAUAUUGCUAAGCAUUUUACAGAACAAACUGAACAUGAUCAUAAGAGGAGCAGGAAUUCUUCUGUUACUACAACACAAUUGAAAUAUUGUGUUGAAUGAAAAUUGGUAUUGAAAUUGCUUACAAUUGUUAAAGAUGAUCGAGCAAGAGAACUUAAUUAAUUUUUAAUAUAAAUUGGCUAACGUUUAAAUGUUGGGAUUAAUUAAUUCAACUUAAACUAUACACUUUUUAUUUAACAUAGAUAUAGCUCACGCCUUGUGUACAAAUAACUCCAUAGUUAGAAAUAAUAUAUUUUUUUUAGUUUCUUUAUAUGUCAAGACUUGUACCAUAUCUAAUAAUUCAGAGCUACUUAAAUUAUUAGUUUUAUAAUAACUGCGUUAUUAGUUCUCCAAUGGUUGGAAUGUUUAAUUUUAAUUAGCGGGUGUACCGAACCACUUUCUAAAAUUGUUUGUGGGCCUGGUGAAUCGACUGGUCUAUAGACAAUAAAAAAAACGAAACUUUUGAAUAGAUGACAAUGAUUUUUUUAAAUACCGCUGAAGUUAUCCUAUUAAUUUGUGCAAAUUUUAUCAAAUAAAUUCCCCAUUACUUAAAUGACUUAGAAGAUCUUGUAGCGUAAGAACGAUUGGCAAGUUGUAAGCCAGUAUUAAUACUUCCAUGCCACCACCAAAUUAGUAAUGGUUUAUAUGCUUAUAGAUUUUCCUGUCACAAUUAAAAGUUUGCUAGUA